CCCCUUCACAGACCUGCCAGGUUUUAGAUUGGUGUAACUGGCAAGCAGCUGAGUGUCAGAGUUGAUAAGCUUCAUUUACUGCAGGCUCUUUAAUAAACAAGCAUGGCGAGCUUUUAGCUUACAGUACAAACUCUGCUGAAGGAAACUGAAGCAAUCUUGAGUACCCUGGGACUGAGAAGAGAAAUGGCGAUAAAAAGAGUUGAUCUGGAUCAGGACACAUUCUCUUGUUCGAUCUGUUUGGAUCUAUUUAAGGAUCCGGGGACUAUUCCCUGUGGACACAGCUACUGCAUGAACUGUAUUAAUGGCUUUUGGGAUGGAGAGGAAAAGAAGAAAAUCUACAGCUGCCCUCAGUGCAGACAGACUUUCACAGCGAGGCCUGUCCUGGUGAAAAACAUCAUAGUAGCAGAUUUCGUGGAGGAGCUGAAGAAGACUGGACUCCAAGCUGCUCCUGCUGAUCACUGCUAUGCUGGACCUGAAGAUGUGGCCUGUGAUGUCUGCACUGGAAGAAAAAUGAAAGCAGUGAACUCCUGUCUGGUGUGUUUGGUCUCUUACUGUGAGAAACAUGUUAAGCUUCAUUAUGAAUGUCCUGCAUUUGACAAACACAAGCUGGUGGAGCCCUCCAAGAAGCUCCAGGAGAACAUCUGCUCUCGUCAUGAUGAGGUGAUGAAGAUGUUCUGCCGUACUGAUCAGCAGAGUAUCUGUUAUCUCUGCUCUGUGGAUGAACAUAAAGGCCACGACACAGUCUCAGCUGCAGCAGAAAGGACUGAGAGGCAGAGAGAGCUGGAGGUGAGUCGACAAAACAUCCAGCAGAGAAUCCAGGACAGAGAGAAAGAUGUGAAGCUGCUUCAACAGGAGGUGGAGGCCAUCAAUCAGUCUGCUGAUCAAACAGUGGAGCACAGUGAGAAGAUCUUCACUGAGCUGAUCCAUCUCAUCCAGAAAAGAAGCUCUGAUGUGAAGCAGCAGAUCAGAUCCCAGCAGGAAACUGAAGUGAGUCGAGUCAAAGAGCUUGAGGAGAAGCUGGAGCAGGAAAUCACUGAGCUGAAGAGGAAAGAUGCUGAGCUGAAGCAGCUCUCACACACAGAGGAUCACAUCCAGUUUCUACACAACUACCCCUCACUGUCAGCACUCAGUGAGUCUAUAUGCUUUAUUACAAUCCACUCCUUUUGUCUGCAGCAUUUUGACAGAGUGCAAAGGGCACUAUCAGAGACCAGAGAUAUACUGCAAUCAAUUCUAAGAGAGAAAUGGACAAACAUCUUACUGAAAAUCACUAAUGUGGAUGGUUCACUACCAGAAUCUGAGCCAAAGACCAGAGAUGAAUUCUUGAAAUAUUCAUAUGAAAUCACACUGGAUCCAAACACAGCAAACAGAUACGUGUUACUAUCAGAAAAAAACAGAAAAGCAACAUUCAUGACGGUAAUACAAUGUUAUCCUAAUCAUCCUGACAGAUGUACUGCAAGAGGUCAGAUUCUGAGUAGAGAGAGUCUGACGGGACGUUGUUACUGGGAGGUGGAGAAAGGUUCAGGAGGUGCUUUAGUGGUGGUGGCAUACAAAGAUAAUAACACUGAAAAAAGAUUUGGAGAAAAUGACAAGUCGUGGGCUUUGGGUUUUUACAAACAUCGUUAUGAUUUCAAACAUAAUAAUAUCACCACUCCUGUCUCAGGUCCUCGUUCCUCCAGAGUAGGAGUGUACCUGGAUCACAGAGCAGGUAUUUUGUCCUUCUACAGCGUCUCUGAAACCAUGACUCUCCUCCACAGAGUCCAGACCACUUUCACUCAGCCGCUCUAUGCUGGACUUCAGCUUAAUAGUCCCACAGGAAACACCGUAGAGUUCUGUAUGCUUAAACAGGGAAGAGUUACUGAACAGAAACAGAAAGUCCCCAGGUUUCUCAGCACUGAGGGGUAAAAGCGAUAUAUUAUGCUUUUCAUGAGUGCACCCUGCUGUGCCCCUGGUUGAACUAAGGCCAAUUUAGAUAAAGAAAUAGGGAUUGGCCCUGCCUGUACAGAAGCACCACCCACCUGCUUUUUAAUCCUUCUGCUAACGAAGGAGUUGUUCUAAGAAUUAAAAUAUGGAGAUGGAAAGAAGAAUAACAGGUACCCUUUAAAAUAUUAAACAAGUCACAAUGUCUGCUACAGAAAAAAAAAAUAUAGAGUAGAAAUAAUGAAGUAAAAGGAUUAACAACACCCAGAUUAUAAAGUACUCUAGGUAUUGAGUUUUUCUACUUUUCACUUCUGAUGUUUUUAUGUUAUGUUUAUUGCUUCACAUUAAUAUGAUAUGUUCUAUUUACUUCUUGCUUUGUAAAUUUUUAAAUUGUGUCUGUUUUUACAGUUUGUUUUAAAUUAAUUGUUAUUAUUUUGUUUUAUUUUAGCUUGAUUUUGAUUCACUUAGUUUCCAGACUUAAGUUUUAUGGCUAUUUGUUUCAGUUGAGUUUCUAUUGUUUGAGAAUGUUUAAUUUUCAAACUACACUUGACUGUUUGUGAGAUGUAGACAUCACAGGCUCAAUAAACACAUGUACAAAUUCCUCAUUUUGGUUGAUGCUUUGAGAAAUUUAAUAAAAAAUUAAAGAUUUUACUUUUUUGUAUUUUUUGUAAGUUGUUAUAUUUUUUGUUUUCAAAUGUUUCUUCAUUUUACUGAACUUUCAUAACCUUGUCUUUGACAAAAUCUUGGGGAAGACACUCUCCAGUGUUUACUUGAUAGGGUUUCUGCCAACAAAGCUGGGUCCAUAAAGACAAUCUGCAUGAUAACUGUAACUUAAUCUUUCAUCUUUGUGAUGAACUGAAACAAUGAUUGUGGAUGUGUUGUUGCACAACAUCAGUGUUGGACUUUUCUAAGGUCUUGUAUGGAUAAAUGGUUAUAAAUUCCUGCCUCCAUGCUCAGCAUCUGCAUCUCAUUUAUUUGGUUGUGUUUGAAUUUGGGUGCCUGGUAAGUAUAUUUGUGGUUGUAUCUGCAUACUUUAGGCAAAGCAUUGCAGCUCUUCAUU